UCGUGAACCGCAUUGAGAUUUGAGACAUUGAAGUUGUUGAUUCAUCUCGCACAGGAAGCGUGAUCUAGCUUCAUUCUGACAUCCAUACCUCGCAACACAAGUACAGCAGCGUGAUCGCAUUUUCCAGGCUCUCACCAUGGAGCGCGAUCCGAAUGCGACGGAAGAUCUCCAAGAGAGGAAAAACAUCCUCACAGCCCAGAUCAUCGCCGUCUUCCGCGACCUGGUCCACCACGGCGCCGCCAGCGUCGACACCAGCGCCUCGACGGGACAGGCCGCCUACAAUAGCAUGGCGCUGGAGAUCCUCAUGAGCCAGAUCAUAAGAUCAACAGAAGACCUCCUCUCCCUAACGCGGCGCCUGCGCGAGCUGUGGACCGUCGGACCCCUCAAAGCCCCCGGCGCGCACGACGCCGAGGCCGAGCGGGGGAUGCAGCGCGACGCCGAGCAGGUGUUUGCCAUGCUCAACGCGCUGCGCGACCGGGAGCGGCAGCGCAUGGUGCAGGCCAUGCACGAGGGCGGGGCGGGGGCGGGGUUCAUCUAUCAGAAGAAGGAGAUGAUGACGAUGCCAGGGAUGGAAGGAAGGAGAAUGGGGAUGGGUGUGGGUGUGGACAUGGUGGAGGCGGGGAAUCCGGGGCCUCAACAACAAAUGCCGUUUCUUCAUCAACCUCACCUGCAGCAGCAGCAACAGCAGCAGCAGCAGCAGCAGCAGCAGCAGCAGUUCCCUCAUACGCAGGCGAUGAUGGUGGACCAGAAAGGGUUGGCGGUGCAAGGUCAAGGCCAAGGUCGGGGGCAAGGGCCUCCUCCUUCAGGGGGGCAGCAGCCAUAGCCUGUAGGGGUUUUGAAGACAGGCGGAAUGGUAUAGGAGGACUUCCUCCGACGAUGCAGAAUGGUCUCACAUGGUUGGAUACGUUAACGAUGGCGGAUGUUGGUCAAGUCAAGGGAACAGAAGCCGACCACCAUAUGCCGAGGAUGUCUGGUCCUCAACUUUGAACCACGUUGACAAACAUAUCCUUCUACAUUCUUCCCCCUUAUGUGCCCACCU